AUGACGAUCGCGUCCACGCCCGAGCUCCCGAACCCGUCCCUCGACGCGUCGUCGAGCCGUCGCGGGACGAUGUCGAGGAAGUGGGAUCGAUACGCGUCGCGCGGGAGCGGUGCGGCGCCGACGCCGCUGUGGGUGGCGGACAUGGAUUUCGCCGCCCCGCGCGCGGUCGUGGACGCGGUGACGACGGUGGCGCGCCGUGGGGUGUACGGCUACGCCGAUCCAUCGCCCGCGAUGGAGGCGGCGGCGCGAGAGGUGUUGGUGGCGCGACACGGGUUCGGGGCGAGCGACGCGACGUCCACGCGAUGGUUGCCGGGAUUGAAUCCGGGAUUGAAUCACGCCGCGCGGGCGGCGACGCGAAAGUACGGAACGGCGGUCACCGUGGCGUCGUGCACGCCGAUUUAUCCCCCGUUUUUGUACGCGUCGAGGAAUAAUGCGAUGAAUCGGAUUGAGGUGCCGCUCGCGCGGCGGCGAGAGGGAGGGGUGGAGCGAUACGACGUCGAUUGGGAGGCGUUGGACGAGACGCUCGCGCGAGACGAGGUGAAGAUACUGUUGUGGUGUAAUCCACAUAAUCCGGUGGGCCGGGUGUGGACGAGGGCGGAGAUGACGCGCGUGGCGUCGAUGUGCGUCGCGCGGGACGUCAUUCUGUGCUCGGAUGAGGUGUGGAGAGAUUUAAUCUUGGACGAAGCCGCGACGCCGUUCUGCGGCGCCGGGUCGUUGUGCGACGACGUCGAGGGGCUUCGAGAGCGAUUGAUCGUGCUCACGUCGCCGUCAAAGACGUACAACGUCGCCGGAUGCGACGUCGCCCUGGCGUGCGUCCCGGAUAAGGCGCUGCGCCUGCAUUUCGCUCGGGCGGGUUCGGACAAGGCGGAGAUCACGCCUUUCGGCUACGCCGCGUGCCUCGCCGCGUACACCGAUCCGUCGUGCGAGGAGUGGCGUCAGCGUUUAUUGACGUACCUGCGGGCGAAUCGCGACCACAUCGCGGAGACGCUCGCGGCGAACGCGACGGCGCGCGAGCUCCUGACGUGGACCGUCCCGGACGCGUCGUAUCUCACCUGGGUCAACUGCGAGCGCUUGGUCGACCGCAUCGGGCGCUCUCCGUUCGAUCAUUUCAUCGAUCACGGCGUCGUGCUCUCGGACGGCGCCCCGUUCAGCGCGCCGCGGUCGUGUAGAAUAAACUUUGGCACUCGAAGAGACAUUCUCGAUCGAGGCCUUCGCGGGAUCGAGCUCGGGCUCGAAAACGCGUGA